AUGUUUGGAGGAACGAGCAGCUUUGGCGGCUUUGGCCAGCAGCAACAGAACCAGCAGCAACAGCAAUCUCAGCAGCAGCAGCAGCAGCAGCAACAGCAGCCCGGUGGACUCUUCGGUAACACGGCUAGCACAUUUGGUUCGGGUGAGGCUGGCCAGACUUGGCCCUAGAUCGAUGCCGCGUGACUGGUGCGACCUUUCGCGUUGAUCGACGAUGGGCUGCAUCCACGCUCUCGCAGUCUACCCCUUAUGUCCAAUCUUGCUGAUGUAUCCUUGCCCUUUACUCUGUUUCUCCCCAUGUUCACACACCCGCACCACUCUGGGCGAGUUCAGCUUUCGGUCAACCGCAACAAGCGAAUGGCGCCUUUGGCCAGCCAGCCGCCGCGACCCCGAGCUUUGGUACGUUCGCUCUCGCACCUCCAACUGCGGUUCCGCAACGCUGCACUGACUGUGCAAAGUCCCAUCCGGGCGAACAUAUGUAGGCGGCGGGUUCGGCGCGGGCAACACGACAACGCCGGCGUUCGGUCAAGCAGCAUCGACCUCAGCCUUCGGUGCGCAGCCCACCGGGGGCCUCUUUGGUACACCGGCAACCCCGGCUGCCAACACGGGCUUCUCGUUCGGUGCGCGAUGGGUCGUGUUUGCGCAUACGAAUUGAGAGAAUCGUUCCGCUGAUGCCCCUAGAAGGAAUGCCUGCAGGCGGAGGUUCGACCGGCUUUGGCGCCCCAACGACGUCCGCGGCCCCAGCAUCUGGCGGUCUGUUCGGGGCACCCAAGCCCGCUGCAUCGACAUUCGGCGGCUUUGCUGCAGCGGGUCAACAGCAGCAACAACAACCGGCGCCAGGAGGAGGUCUCUUCGGGAGUAAGUCGGAUCUAGAGACUGAGCGGCCGCACCGCGUUCGCACGUCGAGACGGAAGUCACCGCUGACACCCAGUACCUUGGUCGAUCGUGCAGGUGCCGCCGGAGGCUUCGGUCAACAAGUCCAGAUUGCACCUGGUUCGGGGACCGCUGCGGUACAAUACCAGCCGACGACGGUGAUGGAACCGCCAAAAGAAGAAGGCAAACCGGAUCCACCAAACCAGACGCCGCACCAGUUUCAAAGCAUUUGUUGCAUGCCCCCAUACUCCAAUUACUCGUUCGAGGAGCUGCGCCUACAGGACUAUCAAGCGAACCGCAAGACUCCGACGGCUUCGACCUCGGCCCCGUCCUUUGGGGGAGCGUUCGGGCAAACCACGGCCACGCCAGCGUUCGGUGCGGCGCCGGCACAGGGCGGAGGGCUCUUCGGCUCGACGACACCUGGCUUCGGUGCUGCGCAGCCUGCGACCAAUGCGUUCGGUCAAUCCCAGCCGCAGCAACAGGGUGGGGGUCUGUUCGGUGCUGCCGGCACGAGUGCGUUCGGACAGCCGGCGCAACAAUCGGGAGGUCUUUUUGGCGGCGCCACGAGUCAGCCGGCGCAGACCGGGGGGCUGUUUGGUUCGACCAGCACCGCCGGAACGACGGGAGGGCUCUUUGGGCAACCUCAGCAGCAGCAACAGCAGCAACAAGCCCAGCCGAGCUUUGGGGGCUUCGGGCAGGCCGCCGCCAAGCCGGCCAAUACUGGGUUUUCGUUCGGUGCGACUUCCACCGCUCCCGCUAGUGGAGGACUCUUUGGCCAGACGCAGCAACAGCCGCAGCAGGCGGGUGGCUUGUUUGGGCAACCGCAACAGCAAGCGGGAGCAACGGGCGGUCUCUUUGGGCAACCAGCGCAGAACGCCGGUGCGACGGGGGGCUUCAACUUUGGAGGUGAGUUUUUGCACGGACUCGAUCGGAUCGCGUGGCGUUUGGUGCCGGAGCACAGAUAUGCGUCAACAAGGCGUCGCAGUGUGCGGAACGGGAACACUGACGUUAUCGUGCGAGUGUACAACGUAUUCCAGGUACCUCUUCUGCGGCUAAGCCCCUGUUUGGCUCGGCCCCCACAGCAUCUUCCGCCCCCGCUUUCGGGACCUCGACCGCGGCGAGCGCCCCAAAGCCCGCCUUCAGCUUUGGUGCAGCGCCGGCCGCGGGCGGUAGCCUUUUCGGGACCCCUGCUCAGCAGCAGCAGCAGCAACCUGCUACCAACGGUGAGCCCAUUAUCGGUUCAAUCGUAUUCGCCGGGCUCGGUCUCAGCACACUGACCGUUCUGACUUUUUGGCUCAAUCACAGCCUUUGGGGCCACACCGUCGUCGGGAGGAGGCCUCUUUGGCGGAGGGGGGAACACCUUUGGACAGCCCGCUGCAACACAACAGCAACAGAACACUUCGUCCUUGUUCGGAUCGGGUUCGGGAAGUCUAUUUGGUGCACCGAAACCCGCGGCCCCCACAACCGGGGGUGGCUUGUUCGGCGGAGGGUCGUCGACGACGUCAAGCUUGUUCGGUGCCUCCCAGCCGCAACAGCAGCAGCAAUUCCAGCAGCCUCAGCAACAACAACCGGGAUCGCUGUUUGGCUCGACGAUGCUCGGCGGCUCGUCCGGGUUCGGACAGUCGACCGCGCCCCAGCAAGCGCAGCAACCGACGGCAUAUGCCACGGCCGACGACGUGAACGCGUACGGCGCCAAUCCGUUGUUCCAAGGCUCGGCAUCGCGCACCGGCGCCCCUACUGUCGAGGAGAAGAAGAAGCCCAUUUUCACGUCCUUCCGCGGCACCCCCGUGAACCGCUCGGCGACCAAGAUCACUCGUUUGCGUGGCUUUGGCGGAUCGAGUUUGGUGUCGAAGUCCGCCGGUAAUGGCUCCCCGCUCUCGUUCGGGUCGAGCAUCGGGCCAAACGGAUCGGGAUCGCCUUCGGUCGGCGCAACACCCGGUUCGCCGGCGGGCGGUCGAUCAUCGCCUCUACGACUCGUCAAUGGGAUUGGUGACGAUGCUGCGCUGAGCCCGAACGCGUUCGUGACGCGGCAAUCGUUCAAGAAACUCGUCAUCGCGCCGAAGCACCUCAAUGGUGGCCUCGCCACGGGCUCUCCCGCGCCUGCGGGCUUCAAUGGCUCUGUUGCUUCGAAGAAUGGUGGGACCCGACCCAAGGUUUCGUUCGACCCGGCCGUGGAGACUUCGUCACGGGAGCGCGGACAGCUGGCCGAAUCGACUUCCUCCGCGGCCAAUGAGUCGAGCUUUGCCGGCUUCGAGGCGACCCCGAGCAAAAAGAGCGGCACCAACAGCGGGAGCAGCUUGACCGACGACUCGUUCGCCGCCCAGGUGUCGACGACUCCAGCCGGAUGGCCUCCGCGCCGUUCCCCCGCGAGCGCUGCUUCGACGCCGACCAAGGUCGGUGCGUAUUACACCGUUCCCUCCCUCGAUGCGCUCAAGAAGCUCCCUGCGGCGUCACUUCGCGCCGUUCCGGACCUCGUCGUCGGCCGCGUCGGCUACGGCCGCGUCGCGUUCAAGGCACCCGUCGAUCUGACCACGCUGCCGUCCCUCGACGAUCUCCUUGGCAGCAUCGUCGUCUUCGAGGACCGCAAUUGCUCCGUCUACCCGAACGACUAUGAUGACGACAAGCCCGAAGUUGGGCAAGGUCUGAAUGUGCCCGCGACCAUCACGUUGGAGAAGUGCUGGCCGCUCGACAAGGCGACGCGCAACCCGAUCAAGGACCCCAAGCACCCCAAGUUGUCGCAGCAUAUCAAACGCCUGCGCGGGCUCGAGGGAACCCGCUACAUUGACUUUUCUCCAGAGGACGGCGUGUGGAAGUUUGCGGUCGAAUCAUUUUGA